CGCGCGAGUGACUCAAAGAGGGGAAAGGAAGGGAGGCUGGAGGAACUGGGAGCAGCAGCAAAAGCAGCAGCAGCGGCGGCGACCGCAACGGCAACGCGUCGAGCUCGCGACGCCCGGGCAGCAGCGCUGCUCCGAGGAAGCCCCGCGGGAGAGACCGGGAGCCGCCGGCCGCCUCCCCAUUCAUAGCCCUCGCAGGCGGGAGCUCAAUGGGCUGAUUCCCUGCAAGGAGUCGGCGGCGUCCGGCGGCGGCAGCAGCAGCAGCAGCAGCAGCAGCAGUCCGCCUAGGCCUCGACUCCGGCCAGCCGCUCCGCUUUGCACCCUCCCAGGCAUGAAUAGCUGAGAAAGGGGAAAGAGGAAGACGGGGAGAAAGAGCUCAAUUUCUGUGUACCGCUGUAGGCAAACGUCUGUCUGGCUUCCAUCGCUGGGUCGAGGGGGAAUUUGCCAUUAUGAAUGAAGUCGCAAUAGUGAAAGAGGGCUGGCUCCACAAACGAGGGGAGUACAUUAAAACAUGGAGGCCAAGGUAUUUCCUGUUGAAAAAUGAUGGAACGUUCAUUGGCUACAAGGAGCGGCCGCAAGAUGUGGACCAGAGAGAAUCCCCCUUAAAUAACUUUUCUGUGGCUCAGUGCCAGUUGAUGAAGACAGAGAGACCCAAACCAAACACAUUCAUCAUCCGGUGCCUGCAGUGGACUACAGUAAUUGAAAGAACGUUUCAUGUGGAGACUCCGGAGGAGCGGGAUGAAUGGACAAAAGCCAUCCAAACCGUAGCAGACAGCCUUAAGAAACAAGAAGAGGAAAUAAUGGAUUUUCGAUCCGGUUCGCCCAGCGAUAAUUCAGGGGCCGAAGAAAUGGAAAUUUCUAUGACAAAGCCAAAACACAAAGUAACUAUGACUGAAUUUGAGUAUCUUAAGCUUCUGGGGAAAGGUACCUUUGGAAAGGUGAUCCUAGUAAAAGAAAAAGCAACCGGGCGAUAUUAUGCCAUGAAAAUUCUGAAGAAGGAAGUCAUUGUCGCAAAGGAUGAAGUGGCUCAUACGCUGACAGAAAACCGUGUUUUGCAGAACUCUAGACAUCCUUUCUUAACGGCUUUGAAGUAUUCCUUCCAGACGCACGACCGCUUGUGCUUUGUUAUGGAGUACGCAAACGGAGGCGAGCUGUUCUUCCAUCUAUCGAGAGAGCGCGUCUUUUCUGAAGACCGGGCCCGGUUCUAUGGGGCUGAGAUUGUAUCUGCUCUAGACUACCUGCACUCGGAGAAGAACGUGGUUUAUAGAGAUUUAAAGUUGGAAAACCUGAUGCUGGAUAAAGACGGGCACAUAAAAAUAACAGACUUUGGGCUGUGCAAAGAAGGGAUCAAAGAUGGAGCAACAAUGAAGACUUUCUGUGGCACCCCGGAAUACCUUGCGCCAGAGGUGCUGGAGGACAACGACUACGGCCGUGCAGUGGAUUGGUGGGGCUUAGGAGUCGUCAUGUACGAAAUGAUGUGUGGGCGGCUCCCUUUCUACAACCAGGACCACGAGAAGCUCUUUGAGCUCAUUCUCAGCGAAGAGAUCCGGUUCCCACGCACGUUAUCGCCCGAAGCAAAGUCACUUCUGUCAGGCUUGCUGAAGAAGGAUCCGAAGCAAAGGUUAGGCGGUGGACAGGAUGACGCCAAGGAGAUUAUGCAACACAAAUUUUUUGCUGGCAUCGUAUGGCAAGAUGUGUAUGAAAAAAAGCUCGUACCACCAUUUAAACCGCAGGUGACGUCUGAAACGGACACGCGGUACUUUGAUGAAGAAUUCACAGCACAGAUGAUCACUAUCACCCCUCCUGAUCAAGAUGACAAUAUGGAUUACGUCGAUAGCGAGCGACGGCCGCACUUCCCUCAGUUCUCUUAUUCGGCCAGCGGAACGGCUUAGUGUUUCAUUUAUCCAUUCACAGGAACCAAUCAGACUGCAUUUUGGGGACCUUAUAAUUUCGACGGACACUAGAGAUCUCUCUACGAUACAUGAUUUGCAAACUAUGUUUGUACUACAGUUUAGUUGAAUUUGUAGGAAGCCUCACAGGUUGUAUAUUUAAAACAAUCCUGAUGCAUUUUUGAAUCGGAAUCUCUGAAGCGAUUUUGAGGAAGGAAGACAAAGGAUCCACUCAUAGAGCGCAAUUGAAAAUGUAAGAGAAAGGCUUUUUCUUCCGAAAAACGACCUUUUUUUGGUUUUUAAGAAUAUGCACCAAAACUCUUUUAUUUCUAGCAGUUUCAGAUUUUCCAUUAUUAUUUGGUUUUGGGGGUUUUUUGUGUGGAAAAAAGUAAAAAAGAUGAAGUUUAAGGUUUUCAACCUAGCAGCAGCAACAGCAGUGACCAUUUGAGAAAACCUCUUUUUUUUUAUUUAUUGCAUACCAUUUCAUUAUGUAAGUAGUGAACCUGCACUCUGAAUCAUUAGAUAUAUUUAGGAUGAGAGACAGAUUUAGGUAGUGCAAUACAAGCAACAAUGCAAAAAUAGUCUGGACAAACUCUGGAGACAACAAAAGGUUCAGCCGCUAUUUGGACAGAAACAAAACAAAAAAUGUCAGCAAAGUUAAGAUACUAAUUAUAGGAAUGGCACUAAUGGCCUCAAUGAGGUAAACUAUCAGCAGAACUGAUAGUUAUGCUACUACACCUUCUUAAAAGACAGUACAGUUACAUAUCAAACAGAGCUGUAUGGAACUUGAUCCAUAUUCUGCAGUGCACUGGGAGGUAGUCUACUAAAGGCAGUGAGUUUUAAUUAUUCCCUCUGAGUGUAUUUAUCUAGGUUUAAUCUUGCUGAAUAUCAGCAGAUAUCCACAGGCAUUUUCUCUUGCCAUGGCCCAUGUUGAAACCAGCAGAAGUCGUACAAGGGUCUUUCUGAACUCAUCUUCCCAGAAUAUUUUCUCAUCCCAGUUUCCUACUAGUUGUGCCUUGGAGAAACGAGCCAGUUUUACCAACUUCAACUGGGGGGGGGGGACCACAAACGCUUAUUAGUUGCAGAAUUGACCAGCGGGGAGAGGGGUGGGCAGGCAUGCCUGUAUAUUAAAUGACAAAAGGAAAAAUGCCGACAGCAACCGCACAAUAUUCUUAAGCGACGAAACAUCUUGCCAAACAAGUUGACAAGUCAAAUUUCAGGCAACGAAGCCAUAGCUUUGUUCGUAUAUUUAUAAAAGGCAGUUCUAAAAUGGGAACGUGAAAUGCACGUUGAUAUUACUACAUCCAUGUGUUCCGUCACAUGCUUCGGUGUACAUUUUUAAUGAUUAUUUUUAGGGGGGUGGGGAGGAAA